AUGACUAAACUCAGCAUCGCUCUCUCCUCACUGCUCCUGCUGCUGGUCACAUGGACGACUCUGACUGAAACCAGCGCAGUAAAAUGCUGCACUAAGUAUUCAGAUGCAGCCCUGCCUGUGGUGCGUCUGAGAGAUUACAGAGUACAGGACCUCACGGGGCUCUGUCACAUCGAAGCUGUCAUAUUCUCAACCGUGAGGGGCAGGCUGAUCUGUGCUAAUCCAGAGGAGAAGUGGGUGAAAGAUGGCAUUAAAUACAUAAAGUAA